AUGUCUUCUUCAAAGUCGUCACCUUUCUAUAUCCUCCUCCUCCUCUCCGUCCUAACCUUCACCACCGCCUCCAUCCUCGCCAUCACAAUCCCGCCCUCAAACCUAUUACCGAACCCCAAUUCCCUCCCAGCUUCCACACACGCGACCCUCACUACCCUUCAUUCAUCUCCUUCCUCAUCUUCGUCUUCGUCGGCCUCCUCCGGAGCUUCUGCGCCCGCUCGCCUCCUCAAAGCACCACUAUCACGCAAAUCAAAUUUCGUAUUCAAGAUCCCCUCGGGACAGGCUCAGGGAACACAGUCAUUCCUCCUCGAUAUCCACUCACGGGACUAUAUAUUUGCGCCGUAUCGCGUCGAUGUCGAUGCGGAGGGUAGUGUAGUGGGCGUGUGGGAGACCUUCAGGGGGAAUGCGUGGGAGAAUCGCGGAGUGGAGAAGGGAAUGAUUCAGGUUGAGAAUGCUGUGGUUGUUGAGGCGAAGGUGAUGGGUAAGAGGACAUUUUAUGAAGAGAGGGUUGGGUUUUCACCGUUAAGCAUGUUAAAGAACCCGAUGAUUCUACUCGUAGUCUUUGCUCUUGGUGUGACUGUGGGGAUGCCUUAUCUGAUGGAGAUGAUGGAUCCAGAGACACGUGCGGAAUUUGAAAAACAAUCCCGCAAGGGCCGAAACGCUGCGGCAAACGAUGUAAAUGCCAGAAGGGCCGCUGGUGCUGGACGUGGAGGGGGAGCUGGAGCGGGAGCUGGAGGGUUUGACCUGGCUGGCUGGAUGGCAGGGACGAGCCAGGGACCAAUGGCCGCUCUGGAUUCGACAAUGAAAGCGGCUGCGAGCGGAAGAGAAGCCGGAUCGGGAUCAGGAGCGCGGAGGAGGUGA